CUCGUCACGCGCGGUACGCACGCUCUGUCGUGAGCUUUCGAAUUAAAACUAACUUCCGCCUGGAUAAGGCCAAAUAUCGCUUUCCGUUUAUGCAUCAGUCAACUGACCUUGAUGAUAAACUUGUCUCGAGUUCUGAAAAUCAAUGUUCCAAUACUUCCAUAUCAAUUAAAAUAGUUUACUGAUCCUUCGAGUAAAUGACAUUCGAGUGCAGUCUCAAUGCAAGGCUUGUGAGCAUAAAAACACAUUUUAAUUUGAACGAGUCUUCGAAACACUUGCAUGAUUGAUUAAUCAUGAAUCACGAAAUUUCUGUCAGCGUCAAUCAAACAUUCAUUUUGUGAUAUUCAAGUGAUCUCGUGAUUUUCGUGAUGUGCUUUAUCUUUUGUUCAAUCUCGUUUGCGCAAGAAAACCAAUAAAGGCUGGAUUAUCACGCUCAUCGUAAAAAGACGCUAAUUUUUUCCGGCAUGCAAACCCCAUGAGGAAGAGUUCACUGGCAUCGGAUUCACUGACAGCUCAGACGCAGUUAUGAACGAAUUCACUUUCACGAUUUUCGAACUGUAAUACCGCAGGAUGAAUGCUACGUGGUCGUCGGACGAUGGAGAUCCCGAAACAUUUUCUCUGGCGAUGCUCAACGCGACGUACUGGCUCAGCAAUAUCAUUGACAACAAUACGUUGAUUUACGACGAAUACGAUGACCUGUAUGACGUUCCAGCAGGAAUCAUUGUACUUUUGAGUCUAUGCUACGGCAGCAUAUCGAUUCUCGCUGUCGUUGGCAAUUUCCUUGUCAUGUGGAUCGUUGCUACUUCACGACGAAUGCAGAGCGUUACUAAUUGUUUCAUCGCUAAUCUCGCAUUGGCUGACAUCGUAAUCGGCUUAUUCGCCAUUCCGUUUCAGUUCCAGGCUGCCCUGCUGCAACGGUGGAAUUUGCCCCACUUCAUGUGCGCGUUUUGCCCGUUUGUCCAAAUAUUGUGUGUCAACGUAUCGGUUUUUACGCUCACUGCAAUCGCUGUCGACCGUCAUCGGGCAAUUUUGAAACCACUGAGUGCUAGACCAAGCAAGCUCAGAGCCAAGAUCGUGAUAGCAGGAAUCUGGCUAAUUUCCGGUGCACUCGCCACCCCCAUGGCAGCAGCUCUGAGGGUCGUCAUGGUUCCGGAAAGUACGACCGCUGGCCGUUUGCACCUAAAGCCAUUUUGCCAGAACGAGAACAUGUCCGAAAGAUCGAUGCUGACGUACCGAGCUCUGCUGGGAUUUCUGCAAUAUCUCACACCACUUUCGGUAAUAUCAUGCGUGUACGCGCGUAUGGCUCUGAGAUUGUGGGGUAGCCGAGCACCCGGCAACGCACAGGACUCGAGGGACGCGAAUCUCAUGAAAAAUAAAAAAAAGGUGAUUAAAAUGUUGGUCAUAGUCGUUGCACUGUUCGCGAUCUGUUGGCUACCGCUCCAGAUGUACAACGUGCUUCAGUACACCUAUCCACAGAUCAACGAAUAUCGGUACAUCAACAUAAUUUGGUUUUGUUGCGACUGGCUCGCGAUGUCCAACAGCUGCUACAAUCCUUUCAUCUACGGGAUUUAUAACGAGAAAUUCAAGAGAGAAUUUCAGCAGAGGUUUCCCUUCAGAUCUCGAAAGUGGUCCUCGAGCCCGGCAACGGACAGCCUCGACAUGGAGAAGACCCAGAGCACGAGAGCAUCGUUUAGGUAUAUUCUCAGGUACGAUUGGCGAAGACCGGCUUCAGGGGGUUGUCCGGCGGCUGCUUCCUUCUACCGAGGAGUUUCACUGCGAGAGCCAAGCCGAACUUCGAUAAACGGUGACGAUCCGAAAGCUCGAGGCUUGACGACGGCAGGAUGUUGCAUUGGAAACGGGCAUGGGAAUCAGCCAGCCGCUGUAAAUAACAGAACGGGGAGUAAAAAAAGCAAGGAAAUUUGCUCGGCUGAGUUGUACGUAUUUUCGUCCGGUAGACACAAACGUUCUCGAGAACUCGGCGAUCAAGAGCUUUGUCUCUAAAUCCACGAACGUGACAACGAAUACGAUCGAUUUAUUUAUUUUUUCUUCUCCUUACUCUGCUCAUCUCGGUUCUUCACACUAUUAUUAACGUGUCCGGAUGAAACUGCCGAGAACACUGUCACGCUCAGUGAACGAGCACGUUCGAUUUAACGUCCCUCACGUCUUGGGCGAAGGGGAUGACGAGUCGCGGAAGUGCACGGUCUGGAAAAAAGAAAGGAACAAUAAACAACCAAGCGAGGAGAAAAAUAGUGUGCGCUGAUCGAAUUCACGGGAAAUAAAAUAACGGGAAAUUCGUCCUCUUUAUUUACCCCCUGGAUCAACCUUCGAGCCACGUCUCACUCUCCAGCAUCCACUCGUGUCUGACAGCAAUAAAGAGCUUUAGUGGUUUAUAGUUGUACGAAACUUCAAGUGGAGAGCCGACGCACAACAUCGCGAUGAGGCAAUCUCUUUCGUCUCCCUCGUCGUAACUCGUGCCGCAAUGACUCCGUGAGAAAUGAACGCCAUCAGACCGGGUCUACCUGACCAAUGUCCACCGAGGAAAUCUCAACCAAUUGUGCGUGAGAGAGUUUUCCCAAAGUUUUUCUUCUCCAAUGUAAUUUUCGAUCGUUGGCAAUUUUCGUAACCAGGAGAAUUCGCGAGAUUUUCGUGAAUUUGCUCCAUUUGUGUAAAAUUUCCGGAGACGCUUUGUACAUUCAUUGUAAAGUCGUAUAUUUUUCUGAAUAUUUGUGUUUCGAUUUGAAGAUGAUAAGAAACCAUAAAGUUCUAACGAUGUUAAAGUUCGCGUGGUUCGGAUGCAGCGAAAUUCCUUUUUUCUUCCUUCACCAAAGUACACAACUUAUUUGCCGUUCAACAUUACGAAAAUCGUGCGGUGUUUGUUUGGUGAAGAAGAAAGGAAUUACGAUGUUCAAAAAAUGAAUAAUAACGAUGCAAACUUCAAUAACGUUGUAUAUGAUAUCGUUAUAUUAAACUGUUGCUACAGCAGAUUUAUCCUACUAAUAUUUAAGGCUUCAUGCAAAACUGAUAAUUGAGUAAACAAUCGUCGAAUGAAGCGUCGAGUGCAUGGAAGAAAUUUGUCAACAAUUUCUUCUUUUGUCAAUGAAAAUUUCGACGUAUGUAAUGACGAGACUUAAAAAUCAAUCGAAACGGAGGCGUGAAACUGAAGAAACGACGUGUUUUAUUCUAGUCAAGUAAACUCUGGCUUCGUACUUCCGGGUUCAUUGGACCCAAGCGAGAAUCGAUCGAGGGCUGGAACUUUUUGCCCGUCAAUUUGGGAGGCCCCAGGAGGUUCAGGAUGAAUUAAAUCGAGCCUUUUCUAUUGAGCAGACCAAAAAGCAAUCUUCGUUUGCUUAGGUCAUGAGUGCCGGAAUUAAAAACGACGUGGUAUGAAGAAUUACAGUUUGAAUUUAGGCUUGAGGAAGAAAACAGUUGGAAGCGCGGUCGUUUAUCAUUGUACAUAAUAGUUUAUAAUUUUUAUUUCUAAUGACUAUAGUGAAAUAGCUCGAAUGGAAGAGUGCCAACUCGAUUACGAAAGGCGAAUGAAAACGAAAAACGAAGAAAAAAAAACAAUGAAGCUUCGAAUAAAUUCUUAUUCAUUUUUUAACGAGUAUUAUGCGUCCUCGGAACGUGUAAGAUCCUUCCAUAACUACAGAGCGUACAAAAAAAACGGUAUUCGCUCUUACAUUUGCGUCGAUUUGAAAGACGCUGUAAAAAGUGAUUUUUUGUGUGUAAGCAUGAACAAUGAAAUAAUUGAGAAACUAUUUUUAAUGUUAUACUGUAAUCAAUGUAAAUAAUUCAAUGUACAUUUAAGCAUAUAAUUCGUGUUUCGCCGUAAUGAAUAAUUACCUUGUUGAAUAAACAAACCCAAAGCAAUAUGAAA